AUGCGCUUCCUUUGUCUUCACGGCGCAGGUACCAACGCCGAAAUCUUCGAGAUCCAAUCCGGUGGCAUCUCCUACGACCUCGCUAAAUAUGGCCAUACAUUCAAAUACUACAAUGGCUGCAUGGAAGCCGAAGUUGAGCCUCAGCUAAAGGGCCUCUUUAAUGGCCCCUUUUACAACCAUUAUCCUCGUGACCGGGCACCGGGCGAAUAUCUCGCCCCCGCAAUGAAACACGUCUACGAUAUCAUCGAGCGUGAGGGUCCUUUCGACGCCGUCAUGGGAUUCUCACAAGGUGCUGCCCUGGCAUGCGCCAUGAUUGUACACCAUGCAAAGACGCACCAAGAGCCUCUAUUCAAGGUCGCCGUGUUUAUCUGCGGUGCUGCACCGUUUGACAGCACGGGGAAUGAGGUCAUCCCUGACACUUCGGCUGAGGGCGAGUAUCCGGUCAAGAUCCCCACGGCGAAUAUUGUGGGAAAGCAGGAUGAGCUGUAUCCGUCUAGCAUUCAUUUGUCCAGGCUGUGUGAGCCGAGCAAAAUGAGUUUCCAUGAUCACGGGUCGAAGCAUAUGGUGCCGUUUGAUGUGGAGAAUACUAAUGCUAUGGUGGCUGCUAUUGAGGCUGCGGUUCAGAAGGCUUUGAAGGGAGAGUAA